AUGUGGGAAAAUGAGUCUUCUCUAUUAAACCAAAAUGGGAAUGUCUGUAUCGACCAGGCUGCAAUUAUUUCAAUGUAUGAGGAUGAAAACCAAAAUACUUGUGAUAACACACAAGAAAGCAUGGAAAAUAAAAGAUCUGAUGUGACAGUGAUCUGUCCUGCGGCCACCCAGUUUGCUUAUGAAUCUGAAAACUUUCAGAAUACUGUUAAAAAUAUAUCAAAGAAUACCCCAGUAAUAGAUUGCAAUGACUCGUAUUUAGAUAACAUCUGUACAGACAUUGAUGUGCUUCCCAGUCUUGGAAACUUUAAUGGCGAUAUCGCUAGUUUUAUUGGAAAACUCUCAAAACCCACGGCUGAUAAUGAAGAUGCCACUCAAAAUAAUACACUUUAUAUGAGCAAUUUGAAUGAUACGGUUGUUAUUGAUUCGGUUCAAAGUAAAGAUCCCAGUAAUGUGUUUCAUCAGCCAUCAAAUAGUGCCAAGCUCUCAUGUGUUAGACUAUUUAAUGAGUCAAUAUUCUGUUCUGACGAGGAGCCAUUUAUCAAAAAAAGCCCUACUUUAAAAGAUAAACCAGGCUUUUCGAUAGAUAUUACUUUGGAGCCAUACUGUGAAGAUCAUUCAAAUGAACAUAGCUGUUAA